CGGCGGCGGCGGCGGCGGUCCUGAGUUUUGUCUCCCAGGCCGUCGGGGCGCGCGCGGGUGUCCCGGGUGUCCCAGGUGUCCCGCCGUCUCCCUCCUUCCCGCAGGACUCGCCCCUCCUGGCCCUGGGCCCCAACGGUGCCCGCCUGCCCGGCGGUCGGUCAGCGCAAAGGGCACGGCUUCCUCUGCUUCUCCGGACCACUUAGUCUCAACCCGGGUGUGUUUCCACUUCUAGAGAAUGAAAUAUGACUGACGACUCUCAGAGAAACUUUCGUUCAGUAUAUUAUGAGAAAGUGGGGUUUCGUGGAGUUGAAGAAAAGAAAUCAUUAGAAAUUCUCCUGAAAGAUGACCGUCUGGAUACAGAGAAACUUUGUACUUUUAGUCAGAGGUUCCCUCUCCCAUCCAUGUACCGUGCAUUGGUAUGGAAGGUGCUUCUAGGAAUACUGCCUCCACACCAUGAGUCCCAUGCCAAGGUGAUGAUGUAUCGUAAGGAGCAGUACUCGGAUGUCCUUCAUGCCCUGAAAGUCGUUCGCUUUGUUAGUGAUGCCACACCUCAGGCUGAAGUCUAUCUCCGCAUGUAUCAGCUGGAGUCUGGGAAGUUACCUCGAAGUCCCUCUUUUCCACUGGAGCCAGAAGAUGAAGUAUUUCUUGCUAUAGCUAAAGCCAUGGAGGAAAUGGUGGAAGACAGCAUCGACUGUUACUGGAUCACCCGACGCUUUGUGAACCAAUUAAAUACCAAGUACCGGGAUUCUUUACCCCAGUUGCCAAAAGCGUUUGAACAAUACUUGAAUCUGGAAGAUGGCAGACUGCUGACUCAUCUGAAGAUGUGUUCUGCGGCGCCCAAACUUCCUUAUGAUCUCUGGUUCAAGAGGUGCUUUGCGGGAUGUUUGCCUGAAUCCAGUUUACAGAGGGUUUGGGAUAAAGUUGUGAGUGGAUCCUGUAAGAUCCUAGUUUUUGUAGCUGUCGAAAUUUUAUUAACCUUUAAAAUAAAAGUUAUGGCACUGAACAGUGCAGAGAAGAUAACAAAGUUUCUGGAAAAUAUUCCCCAGGACAGCUCAGACGCGAUCGUGAGCAAGGCCAUUGACUUGUGGCACAAACACUGUGGAACCCCGGUCCACUCAAGCUGAACGCACCUGCUGGCUGUGGACCGUCUGCCAGGCCCACCCUGAGUGUUGUGUUCUUGGCAUGUGAUCUGGGAAACUGAUUGAACAAUACACUUUUCUUGCUCUGGUGCUCAAAGUGGUUUUUUUUUUUUUCCCCAAUAAAAUUAUUUAAUUGAAAUGCCUGGUGUUGCUGCGUUGGGGAGCAGCAUCUUGCAGUGACAUAGAAAUGUAAAGUUCAUCUCUGAAUAGCAUUUCAAAAGGGUUGUUAGAAAAUAGCUUCUCGAUUUUAAAGCGGUUUAGUCAGGGCGAGUGAGUGUGUUAAGCAGCAAUGCGUAAGUAAGCCUGCCCUGCCUCUAAUUGGCACCAAACUAGUUACUUUUAAGGUCUAUUUGUAGAAUAAGAGUGACUUCCUUUUGUUGACACCUCAGAUUUGGCUUUUGUUGAUGCAGUGCGUGUUUAAAUAUAAGCCAACUGCCUUCUGAGGCUUCAUCUUGCUAAGCAGGCUUUAAAAAAUUCCUUAUUCUUUUUUCUCUUUGGGCCAGUUGGAAUGAAACCAUUAUUGAACAAAACGUGUUUGAAUUGCUCCUAGGAGCAAGUACUUGUUGGAUAUUUUGCUGCACUCCUGUUUUACUUGAUGGGGCGUUAAAUGUGGGAUGUUAGGGAGCACUGUCCCACACACUAAAGACGUGAGAGAAAUGGCCAGUGAAGGUGAACAGCUCAUCACCCCAGGCCAGCUUGUGCCGCGUAAAUGGCGUGGCCACUCUUCACUGGCUAGUUCCCGGCUUUGGGAGUAGUGAGUGAAAGGGGACCCUUUGUUUCACACCGCUUCAGCCUUCAGACCUGCAAGAGCCUGAGUGGUAAGUUGGAUUUUCCACCCACCCCCUAAAAGAGGAGGGCAGCUAUGAAGUUAUAGAGGUACAAUUCUGAGAAUUCAGGCCCUCCCUAGUGUGUGAAA